GCUGUCCUGGAACUAGAUUUGCAGACCAGGCUGGCCUUGAACUCAGAGACUGACUUGCCUCUGCCUUCCAAGUGCUGGGAUUAAAGGUGUGCACCACCACGGAUUUCCCUGAGAAAAACUGGCAGCUUUUUGUAGCCUCAGCCAAGCAGAGCCAGGGAGGAAGGGUUUGCAUCAACAGGAUGGCUGUCUUGAACAGCUGACUUCUCAGGAUGUAGCAGUAUGGUACUUCCCAAAACCUAUUUUGUGGGCAGCAAAGGCUUUUGUUUUCCUUUUGGAAAAUGAAAGAAGCCAACUGAGUUCUGUAAUCAUGAGAUGAAGCCACAGGGCACACACCAGGGCGUGUGGUGGCCACAGGAGGUCGUCUCCCUCUUCUGGUCUGGGCGCUCAUUCGGGGAGCUGGUGAAUGGCCGAGCUAUGGAGACACCUGAGAUUGCAGCCAUUAGGAUUGGACUCCGAGGGCCCUCAUCUGCGUAUGUGUUUGUAGACUGCCCAAGGCGCUAGAACUCUGGAAGCGUGGAGAGAUGUCCAGCCCGACAGGGGGAAAUAGAUGAAGACCACAGAGGAAAGAGCCUCGUAAAUGAGAAAAGACUUCCCUGAAGACAUCUAGAAAUCUCUCUCUGGGGGUGAAUCUAGAACUGUGAACGAUGGAGUCCUUAGACCGGAGAAGACCGGGUGCUGAGCAAGAGGAGGGCUUUGGGAUGGAGGCCAGGAGGGCCACCGAUCUGGGCAUGGUCCCCAAUCUCCGGCGAAGCAAUAGCAGCCUUUCCAAGAGCAGGAGGCUUCUGUGCCCCUUCCUUGAGAAGCAAGAAAACCUCAGCUCAUGGAUUCCUGAAAACAUCAAGAAGAAGGAAUGUGUGUAUUUCGUGGAAAGUUCCAAGCUCUCCGAUGCGGGGAAGGUAGUGUGUGAAUGUGGUUACACCCAUGAGCAGCACUUGGAGACCGCCAUCAAGCCUCACACCUUUCAGGGCAAGGAAUGGGACCCCAAGAAGCAUGUCCACGAGAUGCCUACAGAUGCCUUUGGCGACAUCGUCUUCACAGGCCUGAGCCAGAAAGCGGGGAAGUAUGUCCGGGUCUCCCAGGACACGCCCUCCAGUGUCAUCUACCAACUCAUGACCCAGCACUGGGGCCUGGAUGUCCCUAACCUCCUCAUCUCGGUGACUGGUGGAGCCAAGAACUUUAACAUGAAGCUGAGACUGAAGAGCAUCUUCCGGAGAGGCCUGGUCAAGGUGGCCCAAACCACAGGGGCCUGGAUCAUCACUGGAGGGUCCCACACGGGUGUGAUGAAGCAGGUGGGUGAGGCGGUCCGGGACUUCAGCCUGAGCAGCAGUUGUAAAGAAGGAGACGUCAUCACCAUUGGCGUAGCCACAUGGGGCACCAUCCACAACCGAGAGGGGCUGGUCCACCCCACGGGAGGCUUCCCCGCUGAGUACAUGCUGGAUGAGGAAGGCCAAGGGAAUCUGACCUGUCUAGACCCCAACCACUCCCACUUCAUCCUGGUGGAUGAUGGGACCCAUGGCCAGUAUGGUGUGGAGAUUCCGCUAAGGACGAAACUGGAGAAGUUCAUAUCAGAGCAAACAAAGGAAAGAGGAGGUGUGGCCAUCAAGAUCCCCAUCGUUUGUGUGGUGUUGGAGGGCGGCCCUGGCACGCUGCACACCAUCUACAAUGCCAUCACCAAUGGCACACCCUGUGUGAUAGUGGAGGGCUCCGGCCGAGUGGCUGACGUCAUCGCCCAGGUGGCCGCUCUGCCCGUCUCUGAGAUCACCAUCUCCCUGAUACAGCAGAAGCUCAGCAUGUUCUUCCAGGAGAUGUUUGAGACUUUCACCGAGAGCAGGAUCGUGGAAUGGACCAAAAAGAUCCAAGACAUUGUCCGGAGACGGCAGCUGCUGACAGUCUUCCGGGAAGGCAAGGAUGGGCAGCAGGAUGUGGAUGUGGCCAUUCUGCAGGCUUUGCUGAAAGCCUCUCGAAGCCAAGACCAGUCUGGCCACGAGAACUGGGACCACCAACUGAAGCUGGCAGUGGCGUGGAACCGUGUGGACAUUGCUCGAAGUGAGAUCUUUACGGAUGAAUGGCAGUGGAAGCCCGCAGAUCUGCACCCCAUGAUGACAGCUGCCCUCAUCUCCAACAAACCUGAGUUUGUGAGGCUCUUUCUGGAGAACGGGGUGCGUCUGAAGGAGUUUGUCACUUGGGACACUCUGCUCUGCCUGUAUGAGAACCUGGAGCCAUCCUGCCUCUUUCACAGCAAGCUGCAGAAGGUGCUGGCUGAAGAGCACGAACGCGUGGCCUAUGCCUCCGCUGCACCCCGACUGCACAUGCACCACGUGGCCCAGGUGCUGCGUGAACUCCUGGGGGACUCCACACAGCUGCUGUACCCUCGGCCCCGAUACAGCGACCGGCCGCGGCUCUCGCUGCCCAUGGCACACAUCAAACUCAAUGUACAGGGAGUGAGUCUCCGGUCCUUCUAUAAGCGAUCAACAGACCAUGUUACCUUCACCAUCGAUCCAGUCCGCGACCUUCUCAUUUGGGCCAUCAUCCAGAACCGCCGGGAGCUGGCAGGCAUCAUCUGGGCUCAGCUUUCUAGAUACAGGGUGGGUAAACCUGGUGAUGCCCCAGGUCCUCACAGUGCCCCUGUGUCCCAGAGCCAGGACUGUAUUGCUGCAGCCCUGGCCUGCAGCAAGAUCCUGAAGGAGCUGUCCAAGGAGGAGGAAGAUACAGACAGCUCAGAGGAGAUGCUGGCACUGGCGGAUGAGUUUGAGCACAGAGCUAUAGGUGUCUUCACUGAGUGCUACCGGAAGGAUGAGGAGAGGGCGCAGAAGCUUCUUGUCCGGGUGUCAGAGGCCUGGGGGAAGGCCACCUGCCUGCAGCUGGCCCUAGAGGCCAAGGACAUGAAAUUCGUGUCUCAUGGAGGCAUCCAGGCUUUCCUGACCAAGGUGUGGUGGGGCCAGCUCUGUGUGGACAACAGCCUGUGGCAGAUCAUCCUGUGCAUGCUGGCCUUCCCACUGCUCUUCACCGGCCUCAUCUCCUUCAGGGAGAAGAGGCUACAGCCCCUGUGCCGCCCAGCCCGUGUCCGCGCCUUCUUCAACGCGCCUGUGGUCAUCUUCCACCUGAAUAUCCUGUCCUACUUCGCCUUUCUCUGCUUGUUCGCCUACGUGCUCAUGGUGGACUUCCAGCCCUCGCCUUCCUGGUGCGAGUACCUCAUCUACCUGUGGCUUUUCUCCCUGGUGUGCGAGGAAACACGACAGCUCUUCUAUGAUCCUGAUGGGUGUGGGCUGAAGAAGAUGGCGUCCCUGUACUUCAGUGACUUCUGGAACAAGCUGGACGUUGGUGCCAUUCUGCUCUUCAUAGUAGGAUUGACCUGUCGACUUAUCCCAGUGACACUGUACCCCGGGCGCAUCAUCCUGUCUUUGGACUUCAUCAUGUUCUGCCUCCGCCUCAUGCAUAUCUUCACGAUCAGCAAAACGCUGGGGCCCAAGAUCAUCAUUGUGAAGCGCAUGAUGAAGGACGUCUUCUUCUUCCUCUUUCUCCUGGCGGUGUGGGUGGUGUCCUUCGGAGUGGCCAAGCAGGCCAUCCUCAUUCACAACGAGAGCCGAGUGGACUGGAUCUUCCGUGGGGUCGUCUACCACUCUUACCUCACCAUCUUUGGGCAGAUCCCAACCUACAUCGACGGUGUUAACUUCAGCAUGGACCAAUGCAGCCCCAACGGCACAGACCCCUACAAGCCCAAGUGUCCCGAGAGUGACUGGACAGGGCAGACACCCGCUUUCCCCGAGUGGCUGACAGUCACCCUGCUCUGCCUCUACCUGCUCUUUGCCAACAUCCUGCUGCUCAACCUGCUCAUCGCCAUGUUCAACUACACAUUCCAGGAAGUGCAGGAACACACAGACCAGAUCUGGAAGUUCCAGCGCCAUGACCUGAUUGAGGAGUACCAUGGCCGGCCCCCGGCCCCUCCCCCCUUCAUUCUCCUCAGCCACCUGCAGCUCCUGAUCAAGAGGAUUGUCCUGAAGAUCCCUGCCAAGAGGCACAAGCAGCUCAAGAACAAACUGGAGAAGAACGAGGAGGCGGCUCUCCUGUCCUGGGAGCUCUACCUGAAGGAGAACUAUCUGCAGAACCAGCAGCACCAGCACAAACAGCGGCCAGAACAGAAGAUCCAUGACAUCAGUGAGAAAGUGGACACCAUGGUGGGUCUGCUGGACAUGGACCGUGUGAAGAGGUCGGGCUCCAUGGAGCAGAGGCUGGUCUCCCUGGAGGAGCAGGUAGCUCAGACGGCCAGAGCUUUGCAGUGGAUCGUGACAACCCUGAAGGACAGUGGCUUGGGUUCAGAGGCAGGUGUGCUGACCCUGGCAUCCCAAAGGGCUUUUGAUGAACCGGAUGCUGAACUGAGUAUCAGGAGGAAAGCAGAGGAGCCAGGAGAUGGCUACCAUGUGAACGCCCGGCACCUCCUCUACCCCAAUGCCCGCAUCAUGCGCUUCCCUGUGCCCAACGAGAAGGUACCCUGGGAGGCAGAGUUUCUGAUCUACGAUCCCCCAUUUUACACAGUUGAGAAGAAGGACGUGGCCCUCACAGACCCUGUGGGAGACACGGCAGAGCCCCUGUCUAAGAUCAGUUACAAUGUCGUGGAUGGACCAACGGACCGUCGCAGCUUCCAUGGAGCCUAUGUGGUCCAGUACGGGCUGCCCUUGAACCCCAUGGGCCGUACGGGGUUGCGCGGACGCGGGAGCCUCAGCUGGUUUGGGCCCAACCACACCCUGCAGCCGGUGGUUACUCGGUGGAAGAGGAAUCAGGGUGGAGCCAUCUGCCGGAAGAGUGUCAGGAAGAUGCUGGAGGUGCUGGUGAUGAAGCUGCCUCACUCCGAGCACUGGGCCUUGCCUGGGGGGUCUCGGGAGCCAGGGGAGAUGCUGCCACGGAAGCUGAAACGGGUCCUCCGGCAAGAUUUCUGGGUACCCUUCGAGACCUUGCUAGUGCAAGGUACAGAGGUGUAUAAAGGGUAUGUGGAUGACCCAAGGAACACAGACAAUGCCUGGAUCGAGACGGUGGCUGUCAGCAUCCAUUUCCAGGGUCAGAACGAUGUGGAACUGAAGAGGCUGGAAGAGAACCUGCACACCCACGAUCCAAAGGCAUCAAGCUGUGGCCUGCAGACGUCUACUGAAUGGCAGGUGGUGGAUAGGCGCAUCCCCGUGUACGCAAACCACAAGACCAUCCUCCAAAAAGUGGCCUCGCUGUUUGGAGCUCACUUCUGACUGUGGGUUCUGGUGGAAGCUUCAGGGGCAGGAGUGGCUAUCCACCAAUGCCCAACACUUGGACUGCUUUAUCUUGGCCUGACUGGCAGGUUAGGGUACUGGGUUGGGGUGGCAGGUUGUGGUGCUGGGUUGGGUGACCACGGGGAUCUUAACAAGUCCCCAGAAGUGGUGUCCUGAAAGUCACCUCUGCUACAAGAAGAAGACAGCAUGAAGACAGAAGUGCAUUCAGUGGCUCCUGGUGCCCAUGUCCUCAGGUGCCAUGCCUUGACUUGGGCUUUAUGGGGCCCUGUCCAGCAAGAUGCUGCCACUACCCAUAAUCCUGCUGGAAGUACUACCUCUGGGGCAGGCACUAUCCCCUGGAGAGACUUCUGUCCUCAUUGUGGGAGCCUUCCGUCCCAGGUAGAUUGAGGCUGAGCCUCCUUCAGGAGAAGACACUAUCCUCAUGACUCCUGGCCAGUGCUGGGUCACAGGCAUUGGGGGAGGCAGUGAGGACUUUGAGCUGGAUGACUGCCAUCCCUGGACUUCAGAAGUGCUCUUCUGGAAGCACUCAAACAGAGCAUCCCUGGCUCCAGCUGACCUGCAGGCUACAGAAGGUACCAGAAGAAGACAGGGCAUCAUGUCAUGGCCUCUAGAGGAAUGUACUGUUGGGAAUGCUAAGCUUUCUCUGACAGGUGGCCUAUGACUCAGGGAUUGGUACUGGCUACGAGAUCAACUCACAGCUAGGGUAGGGGUGGGCAAUGUUGGGGUUUAAUGGGAUGGGACAAUAAAAAUCUGGGUAUGAUCAAUCUA